CUUCUCUUUCUUUAUUCAUUGAUGUUCUCUUCUUCCAUUACACUUAUGACUUAACCAUGACAAUAAGCUUGACAUUUCCAUCCCUUCUCUCUCCUCCUUUUCACUCACUACCCAUCAAUUCUCCCCACCAUAACCACAAAACCUUCCUUCUCCUGUUCUUUCGCAACAAUCUAGAACCUCCCUCUUCGUUGCCUUUAUGGAAUUCUUCCUCCAUUGAUGUUUCUCCUCGAGCUUCAACCAGAAACAUUCAAAACGACGUCGUUGAUGAUGAAAAUGAUGAAGGAGAAGUUGAGUUUGUGUUGGAUGAUGACGUGAUUAGUCGAGCUGCGAAUAUGAAAGAUGCAAACGAAGUUCUGCGGUUGAUUUCUGAGAAUGUUAAUGGAGGGGGAAAAGGAGGUGUCGUUAGUUGUAAUGAUUGUUGUCGGAUUAUCAAUGCGUCCCUUUUUUGCAAUAAUUCUGAAUUGGCUGUUUCUGUCUUCUCUGCUAUGCGAUCCUCCGUCUUCGAUCAAGUAUUAAAGGAGAAUGGUAGCUUGAUUGCAAGUUGGAAAUGGUCAAGGCCAGAUUUGAAGACUUACACAGCAUUACUCAUUGGUCUAGCAGCUUCAUUGAAGGUCUCUGAUGCCCUUAAAAUAAUUGAUGACAUUUGUCGAGUUGGGCUUUCUCCUGGGGAAGAGGUUCCUUUUGGUAAGAUAAUAAGAUGCCCAACUUGCAUGAUAGCUGUUGCUGUGGCACAAACCCAACAGGGUAUUCAAGUAGCAUCUUGCGCAAAAUGUCGCUACCAAUACGAGCUUGUUUCUGGAGAUGUAGUGAAUAUUGAGUCAGAAGAAAUCAGCAUGGAUGUUCCAGCUUGGAGAAGGUGGCUGGGAUUUCUUCAAAUAACAAAGCAAAAAAUUCCCUCUGCUGUCCAUUCUAUUGUGAUUCAAACCCCUUCUGGAGCUGCUCGUACGCAUAGAUUUGCUACUGAGACACCUGACGUCCCAGCACAGGAAGGAGAGAGAGUUACGAUAGUUGUAGCAGCUCCAUCAAGCGUCUUCAGAGAAAUCGGCCCCUUCAGAAUUAGUCCUAAAGCCCCAAAGUAUUACCCUUCAGAACCUCUUUCCCUGACAAAUCAUCGAGACAGCCGGGAAUCACUUCUCCUACGACCCCCUUCGACAAUUAACAAGCCUUCUUUGCUGAAUCCAUCUAUUGUCCUUCCGCUUCUUGUGUUGCUGGCCUCUGGAGAUGCUGCAUCGGGUUUAAUUAACCCCAACUUGCCUCAGCUCUUGCCUGCUGCAGCUGUAGCCUCUUUAGCUGUAGGUGCCACUUUAAAUACAAUGAUAUUGCCACAGUUGGGACAGUUGCCUCAAAGGAUGACAGAUACAAUUGCUAUUAAGCAGCAACUUCUGGCUCAAUAUGAUAUGCUUCAGUCUCGCAUCAAGGAUCUUAAAGAUGCUACUGAAAACGAGGUUUGGAUGUUGGCUCGAAUCUGUCAGUUGGAGAACAAAAUUUUUGCCGUAGGCGAACCUUCUUACCGGGCAAGAUUAACUAGAAUCAAAAGAGUGCGUGAAGGCCUGGAAAAAUCUCUUAAAGGACGGAUGGAGCUCAUUGACAGCUAUGCGAGAAUUUCUUCGAUGAUAGAAAUUGAAGUGGAAAUGAACACCAACGUUCUUGCAGCCGAAGCUUCUAGCAAUACAGAUAAUAUUGCCAAACAAAUAGAGCAAAUUAUGGAAUUAGAAAAUCUUGAAGAGCGAUGGAGACAGCAAGUUGAGGCUAAUGAUGAGGUCGAAAGGCUCCUAAGCAGUGAACCGCUUUCCUCGGAGCAAGUCUGAAUCGAAUCAUAAAUCCCCGCGUCACAAAUAUCACCUGCAGACAGACUCUGCGUACUGAUUUGGUGACUGGUAUGAAAUUCAAACUGCAGACUACCGUUAUCAAACUAUUUACGAGUCAUUCAAGAUAUGGCCUGACAUGAAGUUGCUGAGCAAUAAUUUAUGGGUUUGCUUUCCAUAUUUAUUUUUGUUACAUAGAUUAAAUGCUAAAAUAUUCAAAUGUGCAGAACCUGGGUUUUUUAUAUCUGUAAAUAAUAUAUCAAAUUGUUCUUGCAAUGGAUUUCUGGAGGUUUGCUUAUUC